AUGUUUCGUCAAUGGAAGAAUCGACUACAAUGUUCCAAUACACAUCAGACUUAUUUAUCAAUUGAUAAUGAAUUAGAAAAUGUAUAUCAUAAAUUAGAUAAAUUAUUUAAUGAAAAUCUUUUAUUAAAAAUUCAAAUUGAUAAAUUAGAAGGACGACAUGAACAUUGGAUUAUGAAUGAACAAAUUUAUUUAUUAAAACGUAUUGAAAAAUUAGAAAAUGAAAAUUGUCAAUUACGUGAAAUUUAUCAAACUUAUCAAAUACAAAAUGAAAAAUGUAUUCGAUCAAUAACUGAUCUAAUUAUUAAAAUACUCUUAACUCAACAAGAACUCAGAAAACAACAUACUGCAAAUGAUACGACUCAUUGGAGGAAGAAGCAACAGAAAAAUGAAUCAUUUUCUCGAAAUACAAUUUCUAUCUCAUGUCCUAUGUCUUACAAUCAAUCGGAUAAUAGUGAACAUAUUACUAAUAAUAAAUCCAUAUGUUCUCAUCAACAAUCGAUGAUUGUUGAAGAUCAAGAUCAAAAAACAACAAAUCAAUCAUCGGGAUUAAAUAAUACUUCAUCAAAACUGACUACUAUUAAAUCUAAAUCUAAUAAAUCAUCAACUUCUUCAACAAAUAAACUUUAUUUCGUUCUAAAUAAUGAAAAAACAUCAGUAAAAUCAAUACAAAAUAAUUGUCAUUCAUCAAAGAUUAAUAUCAUACCUAUUGAUGAUUCUCAUCAUAAACAACAAUUAUCAACAUUAAACAAAAAUCAACAACAAACUAAAACUACCUAUUCUAAUCAUGAAAAAUCAUCAAUACAAACAUCAAAUCGUACAACAACAUCUAUAUCAAAACCAUCACGUGUAAGAACAAAAAAAAAAACAAAUAAUCGACAACGCCCACCUAUUCCUUCAAUUACAAAUCAAAAGACAAUUCAUAAAUCAUCUCGUCCUCCUUUCACAUCAACAAAACCAACUGAAUCAUUUCCAUCUGUUCGUAUUACAUCAACACGUCCACAAUCAGGAUCAAUCAUUACAAAAAUAACAACAACAAAUAAUAAUAAACCACCUACAUCUUCUGUUGUUCGACAACCAGCACAUGUUUUAAUAGCCGAACAACAAAAUAACAAUACACUACCACCACCAACAAUCGUUUUACCUUCUUCAUCUAUAAUAAAUAAUGGUCAACAUGUUUUAUUUUCGAAAGAUACUGUUAAACGAAUACGACCUGUUCGGAGUCAUGAAUUAAAAUUAUUUUCUAAUCAUUUAACACCAGAAAUUUUAUCUCAAACAAAUGAAUCACUUUCAACUUUAACACCAUCUUCAUUAGAAUCAAUAAUAAAUAAUAAAUCUAUUGAUAAUCAAUUACAAAAAACAAAUAAUAAUAAUACUAAUUUAUCUUCGAAUAUUUCCUCUGAUAUGAGAGAUUUUUCAGAAGAUAGUCUUAAUGAACAUGAACACAUUCAAAGAUUACUCAAACAAAAUGCAUCAAUAAAUACAACAAAGAAUACUAAUAAACAAACUCAUUCAUUGAAUGAUACUGUUCAAAAUGAAAAUAUUGAAGAAGAAUAUUUUCUUUCAAUUGAUAAUAAUCGAUCAUCAUCAUUGAUAAAAUCUCGAUCAAUAUCAUUAAGACAAAAAUCAUUAGUACAUCGUUUAAUAUUUCCACAACGUCUUGGUCGUAUGAUAUUUUAUCGUCGAAUAUUAUCAGAUUCGGAUAUUUAUCAAAAACUUUGUUCAAAAGAUAAUGAAAUUUAUCAUAAUGUUUAUCAUUUAGAUACAAUACGUGAUUAUUCAAUGGAAUUUUAUAUGUUAACAAGUUAUGCAUCAGAUUCUGAACUACGUGCUUGGAUUGAUAGUAAUGACGAUGAAAUAGUUAAUAAUGUAUGUCGUAUGAAUAAAAAUGAUGAUGAUGAUGAUGAAAUUCCAAUAAAAACUAUUCAUAGUCAAGAUAGUCUUAAUCAAAAUGAAGAACUUGAUUGGUAUUCUGAACUUGAAAUUGUUCAUUUACCAUUAAAUAAUCAACAAGAAAAUCAUAAAAAUAUAUCGAAUUAUUCCAAUAAAGUUCAUGACAAAGAAUUAUUACAUAAUGAACAGUUUCCUCUAACAACAAUUUCAACCGAUUUAAUUUCAUCUUCAUCAAUCCUAUCAAAUGAUACUUCAAAUAAACAUUAUUCAACUUCCUUACCAUCUAAUAUCCCUAGUGAAACUAAUUUAUUAUUGCAAGAAAUUUUCCGUACAUCAUGUACACGUUGUCCAUCAAUAUCCAAUACUAUCGAACAACAAACACAUAUUGAUCAAUGUGACAAUGAUUCCACAUCAUCAAUAAUAACAGAAGAAUUUAAACCUGAUUUUUAUUAUUUAUGUCCAAUUACAAAUACAACAAAUUUUUCAAAAACUGAUUAUAAACCUUUAUUUCAUGAUUUUUAA